AUGGUAGUGGCGUGGCGGGUAGAGGGUGCAUUCAUGAUCAAAGAAGCUGGUGAUAAUCUGUUUAUUUUUCAUUUCGAGGAUGAGAUAGAACGGGACAGAGUCUUGGUGUCGCAACCGUGGUGCUUCAAUCGGGCGUUGCUCGUGCUCAAAGACUUUGAUGGCAUCCAAGAUCCAAAUGAAGUAGUUUUUGAUCAAUGUCAAUAUUGGAUGCGGAUGUUUGAUCUACCAAUUAUGUUGAUGAAUAUGCGGAUUGGAGUAUCGGUGGGUGAAACGAUGGGACCAGUGCUUGAGGUUGAUGACACUAAUGGAAGGUUCUUGAGGGUCCGGGUGGUGCUGAAUCUCUCCACUCCUUUAAAGAAGACAACAACAGCUACUACUUCUCAGGGUGAGGUUCUUGUGCGUUUUAAAUAUGAAAAAUUGCCUGCUUUUUGCAGGGUGUGUGGACUACUGACUCACUUGGAUAAUGAUUGCCCGGUGGGAGUAACGAUGCUUAAAACACAAGGCGUCAUGGAUAAGCAGUACGAUAAUAGCAUAAGGGCAGAAAUUCCUGAUGUGAAGCCUCGACAAUCGGGUUUGUUGGCUCACUCUCGACUGGGGAUCUUAAAUCCGGUCGUGGGGAACAGGGGUGGGUUUAAUCAGGCUCCAGUAAGUUCUGUUUCAGGGAGUAGUCAACCAAGAGCACUUCGAAACCAUGUUGAUAAUCAACUUCUCCGGCAGCAGCAGGCGGCGCGUGGGAGGAGCGUAAGGGCUGCUAAUGAUGAAGCGAUUUCUAGGUCUGGAGGCAGGUUCGUGCCGCAAAUUCAGGGGGGAUUAGGGAACGUGGAAGGCCAGCUUAAUAGGAGCAAAGUGGGUAUCGUGGGUUCUUCAUCAAUUCCACAACAGGAGCAAGGUAUGAAAUUCAUGGCUGCUUCUUUUGCAGCAAUGCGAAAUUGGCGUGGGAAGGAAAAAGAAGUUGCUGGGAUUUCGCCUCUUAUGGAGGGUAUAGGGGAAUCUUCACCAAAUGGGGGAGGGUUUUUCCAAGAGGUUUUCCAAGGUCCAAAUAAUGUGGAAGGGGGUCAGUCCAUUCCGGGAGUUGGGCCUGCUCAAUCAGGACCAGCCCAAGAUGCACAGCAACAACAACAUGUGGCCCAAGAUAGUCUACAACACAAGGGGCUAGAUCAACGUGCAGAGGAUUUUAUACCUCUUCAAGCAGGUUCUAACUCACCACCAACGUUUGUUUUUGGAGCGACAACACCACCACCAGUUAGGAGGCAUAGAAAGUGGAAGAAAACGGCUCGUGUCACAUCAAAGUAUUUGUUCGAUGUGUUGGGACCUGCUGCGAAUGUUGAUCAAAGAGUUGGGCAAAAGCGUAAUCCGGGGAUUCCAAAUUAUGAGUUUCUCAAUAUUGGAGCCAAUAAGAGAUCUAAGGAACGGGCCAUGGAGCAAGAUGAUCAAGAAGAAGAUGAAUUUGGCGCUGCUAUUUAUCGUGACUUGGGACCUGUGGCUAGGCCAACCCAUGCGACUAAUAAUGGGGCUUCGGGUGAUACGAAAAUGGAGUGGAUUCGUUGUCGAAUUGGUUACGAUUGUUGUUUUAGUGUAGGAAGUGUUGGUAGAUCUGGUGGAUUAGCUAUGUUGUGGAAUAAUGAAAUUGCCGUUUCCAUUGUGUCUUACUCAAACUUGCACAUUGAUAUAACUGUGGGUAAUGUAGAUAGUGAAAAAUGGCGCUUUACUGGGUUUUAUGGCCGUCCAGAAACUAAUAAGAGACAUGAAUCAUGGGCUUUGUUGCGAUUACUUGCAACGCAAUCGAAUUUACCUUGGCUUUGCGCUGACGACUUCAAUGAGAUUUUAUCGAAUGAUGAAAAGCUUGGGGGAAGAAUGAGAUCGCAAAGGCAAAUGAACGACUUCCGAGAGGUGAUUGAUGAGUGUUGUUUUAAUGAAUGUCCAACAAAGGGACCGACUUUUACUUGGUCUCGCAGGUUUGCUGGGGAAGUAGUUUUCGAAAAAUUGGAUCGGGCUUAUGCUACAAUUUCUUGGUCUGAUCGUUUUAUGUUUUCCCAUGUUCAAACGAUGAUUCACCCAGGAUCGGAUCAUCUGCCGCUGUUGAUUACUGUUUUGGAUAAAGUCCCAAUGGACUUUCGAUCGAGAAAGAAUUUUCGCUUUGAACACAUGUGGAUCAAACAUGAUGGCCUGGAGGAGUUGAUUAAGGAGUCUUGGAAUCAGAAUCUGAUGUUAGAUGUCAAGCAAUAUAUCGAAGCUUGUGGGAGAGCUUUACAAUUCUGGGACAAGAGUGUUUUUGGGAAUGUUAAACAUAAAAUUAAUUAUAAAAAGAGGGAGUUAGAGAAGCUUUAUGGGGAAAUACAACAGCAAGAUAAUCCUCUGGUUAUACAAGAUUGGAAAAGGAAAAAUUUGAUUGUUGCAAUCCAGGGGGAGGAUGGGACUUGGCAAAGUGAUCGGAUGGUGGUAGAAGGAUUGUUUGUAGAGUAUUUUCGAAGCCUUUUUUCCACUUCUUCACCGGAUGUGACAAGAAUACAUGCAGUCACAGGCCUUUUGGAUAGGAGAAUAGACUCAGAUAUGUGCUUGGUGUUGGACAGGGAUUUUACAAAAGAAGAAAUUAAGCAAGCAGCAUUUGCUAUGGACCCAGAUAAAGCCGCAGGGCUGGAUGACAUGUCUCCCUUAUUCUUUCAACGUUUUUGGCAUAUUGUGGGCGACAAGAUUGGGUUUUCUGAAAAAUGGAUUUUGAUGGUUAUGAAUUGUGUGACAACAGUAUCAUAUUCGUUUCUGAUCAAUGGUACUUAUUCGGAGAAGUUUAAGCCAACUCGAGGGAUUAGACAAGGGGAUCCUCUCUCUCCCUAUUUGUUCCUUCUCUGUAUGGAAGGCUUGUCCAGUUUACUACUAAAUGCAGAACGUUCAGGGGCAAUUGGGGGUAUUGCAAUCACAAGGGGUGCGCCGAGAGUGUCACAUUUAUUUUUUGCGGAUGAUUGCCUUUUGUUCUUGAGAGCCACUUUAAUGGAAUGCGAUAAUGUCUUAGACGUUCUGAAGGUGUUUGAGGAAGCAUCCGCUGUAGCACAAGCUGUUCCCACUUAUCUUAUGAGCUGCUUCAAGUUUCCGAAGACAUUUCUACAUGAGCUGAAUCAGAUGAUUGCUAGAUUUUGGUGGGGGGGUGAUGAGACUCGGAGGAAGAUCCAUUGGAAGAACUGGGCAGAUUUAUGUGUUUCCAAGCUUGAUGGAGGGUUGGGUUUUCGUGAUUUCAAAGCAUUUAAUCUGGCUUUGUUAGCUAAGCAAUGCUGUCGAAUUAUACAUAAUGAGAACUCUUUGUGCUCACGGUUGUUGAAGGCAAAGUAUUUUAGGGACAGAACAUUUAUGUCAGCCACAUUGGGUGCAAAUCCAUCUUUUCUUUGGCGUAGCUUGCUUGCUGGGCGAGAUGUUAUAAAGUUGGGCUCUCGGUGGAGGGUUGGAAAUGGUUCUUCGAUAGAAGUUUGGACUGAUAAUUGGCUAAAUAAAGCUAUAAACUUAAGACCACAGGCAAGAACUGGAGUGGCGUGUCAGCCAAUUAAACAUGGGACAACUAAUGGGCAUUAUACGGUAAAGUCUGGCUACUAUGUUGCGAGAAACUUGUUAGGUAAGGAGUCUCCUGUUGUGGAGGAUAGACAAGCUAUUUGGCGUCGAAUAUGGGGUGCCACUAUUCAACCGAAAGUGAAGUUCUUUUUAUGGCGGGGAUGGUUGGAGGAGGCAGAUUUUUGGGACUGUGUGUUGAAUAAGGCUUCCCUGUUAGGGUCAUUAGAGCUAGUGACUUAUUUGUUAUGGUCAAUAUGGCAUAACAGGAACAAAUCUUUACAUGAGUUUGUGUGCAAGAUGCCUGGUUCGAUUUGUGCAGCAGCUAGAAUACGAGUAGCAAAGGUGGUGAAGUUACAGCAGCAACAUGAUAGAAUCCGACAAAGUGAGUGUGUUCAACGCUGGUCACCGCCCAUUGUAGCUCAAUUUAAAAUAAAUACCGAUGCAUCUUUUGAUUUGAGCUCGGGGGAGGCAGGCUUGGGAGCUGUAGUUAGAGACUCACAGGGAUCAGUCCUAAUUUCUGCAACAGCUAGGAUUAAUAAGGUUCCGGAUCCGUUGUUUGCAGAGGUGUAUGCAGUGAGAUUUGGCUUGAUUAUAGCUCGAUUGUUGGGUCUACAAUCUUGUGAAUUGGAAUGUGAUUCUAUGCUAGCUGUAAGGGAGAUUAAUAAUGUAGCUCCUGUCCUUUGGGAGGGGGGUGUAUUAAUACAACAAAUUAGGAUGUUAGGCUCUUCUUUUAAUUUAUGUUCUUGUCAACAUGUAAAUAGAUGUGCAAACAUGUUUGCUCACAACUUGGCUAGGAUAGUCCGUGAAGUUGGAGCUUAUGUGACUUGGUGUGGAGAUAACCCUCUACCCGUUUGUAAUCCAGAUCAUUGA